AAGUUUGACCCUCCAGGCUCGCCGUAGAAAUGAUAAACAUUGACAAGCAGCUGUUCACAUAGUAUUAUAUUACAGAGCUCACGUGUAAAAUUUUACUGUUUAAAGCCGAGUGCUGUAGAAGAGACUAGUAUCACCGAUAACAUAAUGGAGCCUGUUCUAAAAAUAAACCCAGGAGCAACAAAAUGGGACAUUCGUCAAAAAGUUUGGGACUACAUCGAAGAAAACAAUCUGGCCAACUUCCCGAGGCCUGUUCACAACAGAAUCCCCAAUUUCAAGGGUGCAAUUCAAGCGUGCGACAGGCUUGCAGUCCUGCAGGAGUUCAACUCCAGCCAGACAGUCAAAGGUGCUUUCACAGCCUGUGCCAAGGUGUCUGAGCUGCAGGUGUUCACCCAGACAGCUGAGGUGAAGGUGGAUCCUGAUAAACCUCUGGAGGGUGCCCGGCUGGGGGUGCUUCAGGCACAAAAAACUUUAUUGGUCCCAACUCCUCGUCUUCGCACUGGUCUUUUCAAUAAGAUCACUCCCCCCCAGGGGGCCACCAAAGAACAGCUACGCAUAUGCUCUUCCUCUCAGGGUGUGAAGGAGUUCAGUGUGCCUGUUGGCCUGGACGCCAAAGUGAAGGUGGACCUGGUUGUGGUUGGCUCUGUGGCAGUGUCAGAGAAAGGCUUGCGUAUUGGAAAAGGAGAGGGGUUUGCUGACAUGGAGUAUGGCAUGAUGGCCUCAAUGGGAGCUGUGAAUGAGUCUACUGUGGUGGUUACUGUUGUCCAUGACUGCCAGGUGGUAGACAUUCCAGAGGAGCUCAUUGAAAGUCAUGACCUGACUGUGGACUACGUCCUCACUCCUACCAGAGUUAUUAAAACAAAUUGCCAAUCCCCGAAGCCACAGGGAAUCAUCUGGACGAAGCUGGACACAGAAAAGCUGGAGAAGAUCCCCAUCCUGAAGAAGCUGCGUGCUCUGGAGGAGCAGGCAGGAAAGGAUGUUACACUGGGGGCGGCGCCUGCUGCAGCAGAGCCUGUUUUGCAGUCUGGUCAACCCAAAAGGCAAACCAGCCGGAGGCCGAGACAGAACACACAGCGGGAUGCUGAGGGAGAAUCCAAACAGGACUCCAAACAGGAUAAAAGGGCAGAGACAGAACAGAGAGCUAGACAGCGCCCAGCUAGAGUAAGGAAGGAAAGCAGAGGAGAUGGCAGGGGAGGCAGUGAGGGAGAAAUCAGUGAGAGAGGAAAAAGUGAAAGGCACAUGCAGGAGAAGAGCCUAGAGGAGAGUAGAGCUGAAGUUAUGUCUCAGCGUAAGCUCCCUCAGAGUGUCACCACAGUUUACUUGGGUGGAAUCCCCGCCGGGCUGCGCGUUAGCGAGCUGAAAAUGGCCCUACGAGAGAGGGAGGCUGUGCCACUGAGGCUCACCUGGCAGGGAGCUCAGCACAGGGCCUUCCUGGACUACAGUGACCCACAGGCGGCAGAGCAGGCCCUGGAGGCUCUGCAGGGUCUCUGUCUGAAUGAUCACAAUCUGCAGGCUGAGCUGGCCAAGAGUCAGCGGGGAGGCAAGAGGUCUGGUAUGUCUAAUAGGAGACCAAGACCCUCAACAGCUCCAAAAUCUAAAAUAGCACCAUCAGAUAAUAAGGAUGACACCCAUGAAAAGACUGAGCAGUAAUAGCAAUAAGCAGUAAAAGUCCCAAGAAGUGUUACUUGUGGAACAACCUGGAAUGCCUUACUUUUUUUUCUUCUUUUUAAUAUAUUUGGAUUUAUUACAAAAGGACCUCAGACAUCUAAAGUGAUAGUUGAUGCUAAUGAGCGUAACAAAAUACAAAUAAAGUAUGCACACAUCUCCUG